AUGGCAGAUAAUUUUCUUGAUAGUAAUUCUGAAGAUUUGGUCCAGGUAUGUUUUAAAUGAAAUUAGAGUCUUCAAGCCGAAAAAAAUGUGUUUUUUAGAAGUUAGAUGAAGCUUCAUUUCUGAUCAAAAGUGAAUGUUUGAUAAUUGAACAAUUGGCAAAGAAAUUGGAAACAAAAUAUGAUCGGUAAGAAUUGGAAAAUGAGAAAAAUUGUGGUUUCAAAAGAAAAUAUGUUUUCAGAAACACACAAGUUUUGCAAUAUGGGAAUACUGUUCUGGAUUCGUGUCGAGAUAAUAAAGAUGGUUUUGUGAAGGAGGUUAGUUAAAAAACUGGUUGGAAUUAGAACCUUCUCGGAAUUAUUACUUGAAUUGAUGGUUUCAUUUUUUUCAGUUUGAUAAAUUCAAUGAGGCUGUCGAAAAAGAAAUACGAAGCAAUCAGAAAAUAUUAGACAGAAAAACAAAGAAACUUCAAAAAGAAUAUGAAAAUAUUCAUAACUCCUAUAAAGAUGUUAGCAGAAAAAUGGAGAAUAGUUCGGAAGUCGCAGCAUGUUUGGAUUAUACUUUGGAACAAGUUCAAAGAAAUGAACAUAUUCUUGAGAAACUUAAAGAUAAUGUGAGUUAAUUUAUUUAUAUCUUACUCUAUUUUAAUCAGAAACAUUUAUUUUAGAUCGAAUCAGUCUGGAAACUCGUUGAAUAA